GUCAUUGGCGGCGCCUGUCGCGACCCCCUCCUUCUCCUCUUGGGAUUGCGAGUGUGCCAGCGCGCGCUUAAACAGAACCACCCACGAGACAGCCAAGUGCUCCCGCCUCCGGGUUUUUGUAUAAUUCGCUGCCCAUCCCAUCUCGGUCGAGUGCCGUUUUCCUUGAGUGGUCUCCAUCUCGAUAUCUGUGCUUCAAGUUGAACUUCGGUUUCCUUGUCUUUUCCUUAUCACGAACCACUUUCCUUUGCUUCCUCUUUUUCUUCUACUAUCACUAGGUUGUUGUUCAUUUCCCCGACUAUUCCAUUGCCAACUCCUGCUGCUUCCUUCCACUACUGGGAGUUUUAAGCUUGCCCUUCCUCCACCUAUCUCACCACCAAGUCGACGGCUACACAGUCCAAAAUGGCUCCCCAGCAGGUCAAGGAGAAGAGGCCUUCUGCCUCGGACUUCGAGGUCGACUCGCAAGACCUGCACCUCCAGUCCAAGGUGCGCGCCCUGCAGCACGUCGACGGCGUGCGGACUGGUCUCACGCUCCUAUCCCUCCUCAUGGGCAUCGCCGUCCUCGGAGUCUCGGCCGAUACCCUGCACGUCUAUGACGCCACGCGUGUGCCCCAGGAGAUGCAGGGGGUCCUCCCCCUGUGGCCGCAGGCCUUCAACCUGCGCCCGACUGUGGCUCUCGUGGUUGGCGCCGUAUUCGUUGUCAUCACCAACAUCGUUUCUAUCAUGUGCAGCCGCAUCACCAUCGUCCGGAACCGCGCUAUGAUCCACACCUCGCAAUCUCUGGCCGCGCCUGUUGUUGGCCUCAUUGCUGCUAUCAUCGCCAUGAUCUUCUUUUACGCCGUCAACGCGUCGAACCAGGAGGACACGCUCAUCAGCUGGACCUGCCGCUGGCAAGCCCUCUCCAUGAUGGAGCGCCCCCACUUUGACACUCUCUGCAAGGAGAGCUGGGCAGGCCUGUACCUGGCCAUCCUGCUCAUCCCCGUAGAGGCCAGCGUGCUCGCCGCCGCCGUGUGGCAGGCCAAGCUCGAGAAGUACACAAGCGCCUACACGUACGCUAGGGACUCGCGCACCCCUAGCCCGCAGCCUCCCCGCGAGACUGCCUGAAUGCUCACUCACGCUGGGCUGUGAGGCCGGUGGGCGUCGGGACGGGAAGUGGCCACGCGUGUGUCUUUGCAAGAUCCGCCUUGCCCUUAGUACCACUGGCGGCUUUGUUUGAGCAAUCGAGAUGUUGCCCGUACGGGAUAAAACUGCAGGCCGCCUAUACGAGGCGUUGGGCUUUGUUUUUCACCUUGGAUUUCUUCCGUGACUUGGUUCCCAGGUGGUUCGUUUAAUAUCUUCUUGGCUAUGGUGGUUCUCCUUGGUCUAUUAUAUCUACUGUUUAUUUGGCGAACAUUUUUAUCUUGCUCUUGUCUUUCACUUUUUAUUCCUCCCAUCCUAUCAUGAACACAGACACAAUGUGACACGAAUAGGUACCUACCUAGUCGUGAAUCUUAUUACACGCCUGUCACAUCCUAAAAACAAGGGAGCCUUUUAACUUUGGCUACGCCUCUGUUCCAUAUGGUCGCGGCAACACCCGCUGCAUCAUAUUCAU